GUAGGACUGAGCAUUUGUGCCGAACGGCAGCGAGCAGUAUGGUUGGAGACAUCGAGACUUCUGGAAAACAUCCAAAGAUCUAACAGAGGCUCCUGCGUUAUUUGGUUAUACACAAACAAGCUUCAUUCUUUCCUAUUAUACCGGAGUCUUAAUUAUGUGUCUCUUCAAAACCUGGUCAGCUGUAAGACUGGUCGCCGUCUUACUGAGUUUGGGGAUUCAGCAGAGCACCUGGAAAGCAGUGGAAACGAUUCAUCCAGAAUGUGCUGUGGUGGCUGAGCAUAUGAGGGCUCGAGAGCAAUGCAUUCACACUCAAAGACAAGAGGCCCGCAACAGCAACAAUAUCACCGGUUUCAUAAUUAGGAAUUGCACCAAGAGUGGCUGGACCAAAGUCUACCCAUCCUAUGAGAAUGCUUGUGAGAUUGUGGAGGAUGUGGAAUCGGAAACCGAGACCACAUAUUACUCCACUUUCAGGCAGGUGUACACUGCGGGUUACGCUACCUCUCUGAUUUCCCUCAUCUCUGCCAUCUUUGUGUUUACAGCCUUCAGGAAGUUCCACUGCACAAGAAACUACAUUCACAUCAAUCUCUUUGCCUCCUUCAUCCUGCGAGCCAGUGCGAUCUUCAUCAAAGAUGCAGUUCUCUUUGCCGAUGAGAAUCUGGACCACUGCUUCAUGUCAACAACCUCUUGCAAGGCGGCGGUGGCUUUCUUUCAGUUCAGUAUCCUGGCUAACUACUUCUGGCUGCUGGUUGAGGGGAUGUAUCUACAGACUCUUCUAGCUCUAACUUUUGUCUCACAAAAGAAGUAUUACUGGUGGUACAUACUUAUUGGCUGGGGUCUACCAACACUAAUACUGACCAUCUGGGUUCUAGCAAGGAAUUGUUUUGAUAACAGAGGGUGCUGGGAUGACACAGAUGUUGCUUACUUUUGGUGGAUUAUCAAAGGACCCAUCACAGUGUCUCUCCUGAUGAAUUUCUUCAUCUUCAUAAAUGUGAUCCGGAUUCUUGUGCAGAAGCUGAAGUCUCCAGGAAUGGGUGGCAGUGAUACCAACCACUUCAUGAGACUGGCCAAGUCUACCCUUUUCCUGAUUCCUCUGUUUGGCAUGCACUACAUGGUUUUUGCCUUCCUGCCAGAGAACACCGGAGAAAACGCUCGCCACUUUCUUGAACUCGGCCUGGGUCCCUUUCAGGGUUUUGUUGUGGCUCUAUUAUACUGUUUUCUCAAUGGAGAGGUACAAGCAGAACUGAAGAAGAGACUGUGGAAGUGGCAGACACAAAAUUAUUUGAGAUACAGUAAGAGAAGACGAACCCUCUUUACUGAGAGCAGCACAGUCACACAAAUCUCAGUUUUAGAGAAGUCCAGCCCUAAGGAGCUGCCCUUAACUGAGUCCCACAACAGUGUAUCAUCCAUCUGAAAUCAAGCUUUAUAUUUCAUCUCAUUCCCUGUUUCUCUUCCUCUCACACAUUACUGAAACAAGCUUUCUUGUUGCUUGAUGCUGAUAAGAAAAUACUCUCUAUUUUGCAUAAUGCAGAAGCACAAACCAUGUUGUUUAGUUUCCUCUGCUAAUUUAAAUGAGAUGCACUGACUAUUUACAGACCAAAUUAAAGGGACAGUUCACC